AUGAAGGAAGCCAUUAUCGUUUUGGCAAGUCAGUCACCAAAUCGUCUGAAGCUGUUACAACAAAUUGGACUCAAAAAUGUGAUCGUUAAAGUGUCGAAUUUCGAGGAAAAUUUGCCGAAAACACUGCCGGUCAAGGAGUUUGUAAUUGAAACUGCUAAAGGAAAACUGGCGACUAUUGUCGAGGAGAUGAAGAAAAACGAGGAACCCUACUCCGUGAUCAUUGCCUGUGACACAGUGAUCGAAUUCAAUGGAGAAAUCAUUGGGAAACCAGCAGACGCUAACGAUGCUGUGGAGACUUUGAAGCGCCUCCGCAAAAACACUCACAAUGUCUACACCGGGAUGGCUUUACAUUAUCAAAAGACUGACCAAUACGAGGAGUUCAUUGAGAAAACUAUCGUUCAUUUUGGAGAUAUUCCGGAUAGAGUUAUUGAGGAGUAUGUGAAAAGUGGAGAGCCCUUGAAGAAAGCUGGCUCCUAUGGAAUCGGGGAAUUUGGUGCCGUCUUCGUCAGUGGAAUUGAAGGAUGUAUGCCGAAUGUGGUCGGUCUGCCACUUCACCGUCUUCACCAGGCGCUGAUCGCGAAGAAUAUUCUCUGA